AUGGUCACUUUGCUCUGCGUCAGUUUGGCGCAGAAACGGCCCGCGCUGAAGGAGCUCGAGCCGCUCAUCCCCGGCGUCAAGGCCGGGAGGGUGACGAAGGCUGACCUCGCGGUCAAGCUGCGGGAGCUCUGCCCGGACCUGGGCGACCAGGCCUACCCGGUCCUCGAAAAAUACUGCAAAGACUGGGCGCAGCGCAGGAAGGCCCAGAUGGCCCAGGCGGCCCCUGCGAUGACGGACGACAUGAAGGCACAACUGGUGGCCGGCGACGGGCGCCGCUUCGCCGCGAGCGGGUACCGGCCGCCCAAGGUGUCGGUGCUCGGCGAGGGCGCGCGGAGCGCCGUGGUGGCGCAGAUGCGGGACCGCGGCAUGGCCGGGGACCCCGCGGUGAGCGCGCGGACGUUCCUGGACAGCGCGGUCGGGCAGCACGUGGGCGGCGUGCUGCAGCGGCUGGUGGACAUGUCGCGCGUGCGGCUGGACCUGGACAAGUGGAGUCAGAGCACAUUCACGCUCGAGUUUGAGUUCUCUUCGCUGACGAUGGUGAGCUCGUACACCGUCGUCACGGCCGCCUCGGUGUCGUACAACCAGGACUGGGACCUCGAGGGCGUAGAUCCGAGGCGCCUCCACAACGCGCCGCUGCCCGAGAUCUGGGUUCCGCUGUCGCGUGCGAGGGGGAACGCACCGGGGCGCACUCACACCCUCAACAUCGCGCCCGCGCAGCAGCUCUGGUUGAAGCGCUUCAGGCUCGUAGUGUCGUCGCCGAACAGCCUCAUCGGCAUCGCGGAGGUCACGCUCACCACGCGAGCCCACGUGACGGGGGGCGUCGCGAACGUGCCGCCCCCGCUCUUGCAGCCGCGCGGCGUUGUGGACGUGCCUGGAGGCGUUCUUGUCGCAGACGCAGCCGGCCACGAGAUUCGCAAGCUGAUCCCGGACGGGCAGUACGUGCAUUCGGCGCCCUACGCCGGAGCCACCUGGGAAGCAGCUCUCGUCGCCGGGGACGUCCGAAGCGUUGCACGGCUGCGCGCGCCCGCGGGGCUCGUACGUGCGGGCGGGACGAUCUACGUCGCCGACGCCGGAGCCAACGCCGUGGUCAGGAUUGACGGCACCGUGAUGGUCGUGGUUGGCGCUCUCAACGGCACUGCGGGCUCGGCCGUCGGCGCGCCGACGCACGCGACCAUCGGGCGGCUGAACGCCCCAGAGGCCCUCGCGCUCGACUACGCCGGCACGGGGCUCAUCAUCGCGGACACAGGCAACCACCGAAUUUUGCACUGGAGUCCCACCUCAAACCUUGUAGUUCUCGCCGGGGCGGCUGGAGCGCCGGGCUUCGUCGACGGGGCUGAGAACGUCGCACGCUUGAACAUGCCGACUGGGGUGGCGUUCGAUCCGUCGUCGAACCGGACGUUCGUGGCCGACAAGGGCAACAACGUAGUGCGUGUGCUGAACGGGACGCACUUGUGGACGUUCGCGGGCUCCGUGGAGGGCGUCGCCGGGUACGCCGACGGGUUCCGCCGGUGCGCGCGCUUCGACGGGCCGCACGGGAUCGCGCUUCUCGACGGGGCGCUGCUUGUCACGGAGGAGCGCGGGCGGCGCGUGCGGAGGGCGAAUCUCGGCGGCACCGUGUCGACGAUCGCGACCCCGGCGCAGCUGGGCCUCGAGGCACCUCCCGCGAACGCGAGCCUGAACGAGCCGUACUCGGGUCCCAUGGGUCUGGCGCGAGCGGGCGUUGCGGACAUCUUCGUUGCUGUUGGGUCGCGGAGCGAGCUGCGGCGGCUCACGGCGGUGGACGCGUUGCCGGCGAACUGCACGUCGGAGGCGCCGAAGUGGAACUGCUCCGUUGGCUGGGAGGACGAGUGCGCGGAGGGCUCGAGCGGCUGCGACGCGACGGCCGUAUGCUUCGACAUGCCGCAGGCGCGCUCAUACAAGUGCAGCUGCCCGAGUGGGUACACGGUGGACGGGACGCCGGCGGCAGCUGCGGACGACGUCGGGCCGUUCGUGCCGUGCAGCGACGUGAACGAGUGCGCGCACGGGACGCACACGUGCGCCGAAACUCAGAGGUGCACGAAUGUCGAGGGCAGUUAUUACUGCACUUCGUUCUGCGACGCAAUCGCGGGCGUGCCGAGUUCGUUCUGCAUCAGUGGAGUCUGA